UUUUUAUUUUCAUUUCAAGCACUGUUUUCACUUCUUAUCACACUGUGGUGUGGUUUUGGAUCCAUUGUCAGGUUGAACAGGAUCACAUCAAGGAGCAUAACGUAACAUCUUAGCAAUGGCAACAGAUCCAACAAAGCUACCUCAUGGAACCGGGGUAUUCAUUCCGUCAAGUGGUGCUGGUGUGAUCCAAAUAGGCCAAGGGUUCCCUAGUGCUCCAGUUAUCCAACCAGCAGGCACAAUACAGUAUGUACAACAUGGUGGCCAACAGUUUGGAAGCUCCAGCAUCUCACUUCAACAGAACCUUCAAGUGAGCCCACUGGAGAAGCUUCUCAAAGUGGAAACCAAGACUCUUGGGGCCAUCCAGAUCUUCAAUGGAUUGAUCCACAUUGGCCUGGGGGCUAUCUCAGCUGUUCUUUUGGGCUUUCGAUAUUUGGGUCUUGCUGCUAUCGGAGGCUAUCCAUUCUGGGGUGGACUAUUUUUCAUUAUUUCGGGAUCCCUAUCUGUCAGUGCAACAAACCAUCUAAGGAUUUCCUUGGUGAAAUGGAGUGUGGGAAUGAACAUAGUAAGUGCUAUCAUGGCACUAACUGGCAUCUCUCUUUACAUAGCGGAAUUAAUUAUAAAUGGACAUUACCAGCCAUAUUUGGCAAAGUCUGCAGGUCUUGGAAUUUCUGCUCUGCUCUUCUUAUUCAGCCUGCUGGAGUUCUGCAUUGCAGUUUCGUCAGCUCAUUUUGGCUGCCAGGCAACCUGUUGUAACAAUGAAAUGAAUGUAAAUUAUGUGCCAUACAAUGUCCUUGGAGAUGGAUCGAACAUUGUUCAAGGCAAUCCUGUUCCUCUGUACUAUCCUAACCAGUAUCCUGCUGACAAUUCUCCAGCUCAGGAACAAAUCCAAAAUAGAAAUCAUGGACAAUAUCACCAACAAUAGCAAUCUCAAUGGUGAAAUAAUGCUAUGUCCUAUGGCUUCAGCUUUUAGUAGAACAUUCAGUUUAAUUAACUGGCUUUAAAAAUUAUGGUUCAGGGCCUGAAAAUUGGGACGAGAUGAUAAUGGAAGUAGCGUUACAUAGUCGAUUUGAUGACUCAACCCUCCUUAAACUCCUUUAAUUUCAAGCUAAGAACUGGCUGACCUAGAGCUGACCAUUGCCUCGGUUCCUUUGAGGCUCCUUCCCCCAUGUUUUUUCCUUCCCAAACAGGAAAGCCAAGGGCAGCAGAGAUGGUGGCCCAUCAAAGUCUGGGGAAGUACAAAAUGGCCUGCCCAACCUCUCAGAAGUUGCCUACACCCGAACUGCUAAGUGCUGUAAGGUUGUUCAGCAGUAUCAAGGGCCACUGGCAAAAACAAUAUGGAAAUAUAGUGUCAUGAUUCUAAUAAGGUUGAUGUUAUCUUUAGUAGUGUGAUGGUAUAAUAAUGUUGAUAUCAUAAUGAAUUAGGAUUUUUAGUUGUAUGUAAUACCUAUAGAUAGAUGGUAAGCUGUGCUGUUUGGUUCUGCUGUUAUAUUGUUAUAUUGUGUUGCUCAAUUAGACAUGAUUAUAUAUGGUCUAUGUCCAUUGAUGUGUGUGUGUGUGUGUUCACGGGUACAUUUUAGUCACAAAUUGAUUCACUGUUAUUAGCAUCCCAGGUUUGUGGUAUGUAUGCUUAAUAAGAUAUGAAAAGAGGUUCUGUUUUAAUAUUGACCUUAUGGGGGGAGAGGUUUGGUUAUAUUGAAAUGUAUUGAUGUACUGCAUUUGGGUAUAUGGGUUGUGUGGUGUAUCAUUUAAGUAAUAGCUGGCUUAUAUUUUGAUUAUAGAUGGCUAGCAUUAACAACUUGAUAUUUUAUAAAUAAGAGUAGAGGCUGAGGCUAACCUUCACUGUAAACGAUCAAAAGAUGGCUGGAAUGCCAGCUGCAUGUGUGUAGGAGAAAUUUUCCUGCUCAGAGCAGCUAGCUAUUACCUACUGGUUUCAAUAGAUGAAGGAAGGAGUGUAAAACAUUAGCAAACCUAAAAGUGACUUUUUUGUUAUGGGAACAGAUUACUUAGACAUAAGCCUGCUAAAUUUGCAGGAAGGAACUGUACUUUUCUACUGUUGUACAUGUGGUUAGUAUCAGUUCUGUCCAAGACGUCUUCCUGGUAACAUCUCUGCAACUACAGAAAUAAAGCUUUACUGAUUGAUCUA